AUGGCAGCUCCCCGACUUUUCCGCCCAACAGCCCGUCUGUUCUCCUCGCGCCUUGCUUCUACUGCUCUGCGCUCGAACCUCCGCCAGUCCGCCUGUGCUCCUUCAAUUCUGCGCCGCGGAUAUGCCACCGAGAACGGCAACGGCACCAAGCAGGUCACCGUUCGCGAUGCCUUGAACGAGGCCUUGGCAGAGGAGUUGGAACUCAACCAGAAGACCUUCAUCCUCGGUGAGGAAGUUGCACAGUACAAUGGAGCAUACAAGGUGACGAGGGGUCUACUCGACCGUUUCGGUCCCAAGCGGGUUAUCGAUACUCCCAUCACAGAGGCCGGCUUCUGUGGUAUCGCCGUUGGUGCUGCUCUCGCUGGUCUGCACCCCAUUUGCGAGUUCAUGACCUUCAACUUCGCCAUGCAGGCCAUCGAUCAGAUUAUCAACUCCGCUGCUAAGACUCACUACAUGUCCGGUGGUAUCCAGCCUUGCAACAUCACUUUCCGCGGCCCCAACGGUUUCGCCUCCGGUGUCGGCGCCCAGCACUCCCAGGAUUACUCCGCCUGGUACGGCAGCAUUCCUGGCUUGAAGGUCGUCUCCCCUUGGAGCGCUGAGGAUGCCAAGGGUCUGCUCAAGGCUGCUAUCCGUGACCCCAAUCCCGUUGUCGUUCUCGAAAACGAGCUCUUGUACGGCCAGGCUUUCCCUAUGAGCGAGGCUGCCCAGAAGAACGACUUCGUCCUGCCCAUCGGUAAGGCCAAGAUCGAGCGCCCCGGAAAGGACCUUACCAUCGUCUCUGUGUCUCGCUGUGUUGGUCAGUCCUUGACCGCCGCCGCCGAGCUCAAGCAGAAGUACGGCGUUGACGCUGAGGUUAUCAACCUGCGCUCCAUUAAGCCUCUCGAUGUUGAGACCAUCAUUGCCUCCCUCAAGAAGACUGGCCGCAUCAUGGUCGUUGAGUCUGGCUACCCCAUGUUCGGUCUUUCAUCCGAGAUCCUGGCUCUGUCCAUGGAGUACGGCUUUGAUUACCUGACUGCCCCUGCCGUCCGUGUUACCGGUGCUGAGGUUCCUACUCCUUACGCCGCUGGCCUUGAGGCCAUGGCCUUCCCCCAGGAGGACACCAUUGUCACUCAGGCCGCCAAGCUUCUGCGCCUGUAA